AUAAGCAACAAAAAAAUAAAUAUAAUUAUAAAAUAAAAUUGAAAUAAAAAUCAUAGUUUAACAUUGGGUAGAGCAAAGGCGAAGAACUUUAAGAUGGAUUUGAAUCUGAGCAGCACCGUCUCGGCGGCCACCAUCCAGUCGGGAUCGGGUAUGAUGAGGACCCGCAAAGCGAAAGGCAAGCGUAUGUUGCCUUCCUUUGACCUGUCGCUUGAGCAGAAGCAGGACAUCAAGAAGGCAUUCGAUUUAUUCGACACGGAGUGCACCGGCUUCAUCGAGGUGAAGGAGCUGCGCGUGGCCAUUCGAGCGUUGGGCUUUGAGCCCAACAAGGAGGAGAUCAAAAAUAUGAUGGAUGAGAUCGACAAAGAUAAGACAGGAAAGAUAGCGUUCAAUGAUUUCCUACACUUGAUGCGCUUGAAAAUGUCGGCCAAAGAUGCCAUGCAGGACUUGUUAAAGGCGUUCUCCUUCUUCGAUGACGAUCGCACCGGCUUUAUCUCGUUCAACAACCUGAAACGUGUCGCCACCGAGCUGGGCGAGAAGCUGACAGACGAGGAGCUGCAGGAAAUGAUCGAUGAGGCAGACUUAAGCGGCAGUGGCGAGGUGUCGCGCGAAGAGUACUUGAAUAUGGUGAAGAAAACUAAUUUGAUUUAGUUCUCAGACCAAGCACACACACACACACAAACAAACACACAAAGCAGGCGCGGCACGGGGAAUGCGCUUAUUCGACUAAUCGAAUAAAUAUAUAUAUAUAUUAAUAUAUAUAUAUGUAUAUAUAUAUAUAUAUGUAUAUAUUUUUUAUAUUUGUAUGUAUGUCAGGCAGGAGAUUUGUUAACUUUCUUACAUCACAGAAGACUUAUUGAAGAAGUUUGGAUAUGCUUCGGUUUAAUAAAGCACUCUGAAAGGAAACGUUUCCAGGUGGCUUCCAGUA